AUGACCAACUGCGUGGAGUGGAGUAUAGACGAGUACGAUGCCAAGGGGGGGGUUACAUCCACCACCAUUCGCAUCGAGACAUGUGGCUCCGAAGACGGCAGUAGCAGGCGUAGCAGUAGGAAGAGUUCCAGCACAGUGCGGCGGCGGAGGAGGAAAAAACGACAGCAGCAGUUGUGGCUUACAGGAGAAGAGGAGGAUUUCUCUUCACAAACGUCGCAUGCCUUAAGGCAUGUGUCAUUUGGCGGGAAAGCACGCUGCAGUGUGAAGGCGCCCUUCUCGUCUGGUGCUGCUGGGGCACCGUACAACAAGAAGUUGCGCAAGAAGAACAUGCAGCAACAUCAGCAUCGCCUCUUGUUUGGCAGUGAAACAGCAACAAACGUUGGGGUAGAGACCAGUUCGUCUUCCUUUUUUAUCUCCUCCACUCACCGUGCCGUAGCAGAGGCGACAACGCCGUGGAAUAACAACAUCUCAGGACCGUGUGCAGGGCGUUACCAUUUUUUUGGCCAAGGUGGCCUGUUGACGAAUGGUUCUUACGCCGCACCGCGGGGCAAACGUGAAGCGGAUGAGGAUGAGGAUGAUGGGCUGCUUUCCCGCAAUUCGGGACGGCGAGUUCGUGCAAAGAUUGGAGGUAGCAGUUGUUUGUUGGCGCCCCUCCGUUCUCCUUCAGUGUUGCCGCCGCCACAACUUUUGCCGGCCAGCAGAGCUGAGGUUAACAGUGACAUACUGGAACGAUGCUUUUUAGAAACACGGCUUGAGGACGAUGACGACUUUUUGUUGUUGUGA